GGAGGAGCAGCCGCCGCCGCCGCCCAGGAUGCGAUGGGGAACUGCUGGGCGCAGAGCUGCUGCGGGCUGCUCCUCCGCAGGGAAGCGGGCCGGCUCCAGCGAGGCGGAGGGUCGAAGUACUUUAGAACAUGUUCAACAGGAGAGCACUUCACUAUAGAGUUUGAGAACCUCGUGGAAAGUGAUGAGGGGGAAAGCCCAGGAAGCAGUCACAGACCUUUGACUGAAGAAGAAAUUGCUGAUUUGAAAGAGAGGCAUUACGAUUCCAUUGCUGAAAAACAGAGAGCUGUUGAUAUGAAACUGCAAUCUGAGUUAGCCUUACAAGAGGAGAAGUUAAGAAUAGAAGAGGAGGCUUUAUAUGCUGCACAACGUGAAGCAGCCAGGGCAGCAAAGCAGAAAAAGCUCUUGGAGCGUAGACAGCAGAGGAUAGCACAGAGAACACAUGUCCUUAAUAACGGAGACUAUCAAAGCUCUGUGACAGAGGAAGAUUUUGAUUCCUUCUUAAGAAAUACAAAAUUCCAGUAUGAAGCUUUUCGAAGUAGCAGACUUUCAUCUGAUGCUACAGUGCUGACACCAAACACAGAGAGCAGUUGUGACUUAAUGACCAAAACAAAAUCAACGAGUGGAAAUGAUGACAGCACUUCAUUAGAUUUAGAAUGGGAAGAUGAAGAAGGCAUGAACAGAAUGAUUCCAAUGAGAGAACGCUCAAAAACAGAAGAAGACAUACUCCGGGCAGCACUGAAAUUUAAUAGCAAGAAGACAGGAAGUAAUCCAGCUUCAGCCUCUGAUGAUUCUAAUGGAUUGGAGUGGGAGAAUGACUUUGUUAGUGCUGAAAUGGAUGAUAAUGGCAAUUCGGAAUAUGCUGGAUUUGUAAAUCCUGUAUUAGAUUUGUCUACAUCAGAUGUAAGGACAUCUGAUUCUGAUCAACAGGACAGGUAGUGAAACUGUGGCCCUUGUUUGUGACCAAAUGUUUAAAAGUGAAAUAGAAUGUACAAAAACAUAUUGCUCUUUUAUAGCACUGUUUCCUUCUUUUUCUUACAAACGGAUCAGCAAGGAAUGGGGAAGACUUGCUAUCUGAUUAAUUCAGAAUUAAGUGCAAUUUUAUCAUCUACCUUCUAAACUUUUGUGAAAACUGGGAUGAUUCUAUUGUGUAUAUUUCUGGAUAUCUGGAUUUAAUAUGAAAUUAUCUGUGCUAAUUUAAGCUUCGUAGCUUAGCGUAUCUAUAUUUUAAUUAGCCUUCUUUUCUGGAUGAUGUUUCUAUGAUUUGUUUUUAAACCUCAUUGUUGUCCUAAGAAAGUCUUAUAUAAUUUAUCUAAUACUUGAAUAUAGAAAAGUAUUUUUAAAAAUCUGUCUUUAUUUCUUAUAUGUGCUCUCUGAUGUGGUGUUCAGCGAUUUAAAGGGUGGAAUUAGCCAGUUGUGGAAAAAAAAUCACACCAUGAAUUGCAGUUUUCUCUGUCUGUCAUGAAUUCUCUCUAGCCUUCUGUGUUCCUUUUACCAUUUCCUUUACUUUUUUUCUUAUUAUUUUAUGCUAAGCACAAUUUACCUCAUGGUAUGAAUCAUUGGGUUAGGUAAAAUAUUGUCUUCUGUAAUGAUGCUGUCUAGGCACAGUGUGCCUAGACAGAGGGGAACAAACUAUAAAUAUUAUUUUGUUUUAAACUGGAAUAACCCAUUAUGUGCUGGGUGACUGGGAGGACCAAAGUUUUGAUUUUUGAUCACCCAUCACCCUAUUCCCUUAAAGGUCAACAUUUGCUACUACAUGGUUUUUAAAAUUCUGAAGUUGUGGAUGACUUGUGAAUUAGCCUAAUGAGAACGAUGAUUGAAAAACGUUCUCUGAAUGAACUGGGAGACUGAAUUUCUCUACGAAAUAGUGUAGUUGAGCUCUCUAGCUUUCCUGUGCCUCUAAACUAAAUGGUUAGUAGUGCUAACAUGGGCUGAAAUUUAAGCAGGUGUUCAGCUACUGCAGAUCUAGUGUAUUGUGUGGUCUCCCCUUUGUUUUUAAUAUAAGUUAUUCUUUAAGAAGGGGAAAAAAGAAAAGCAAUCCUCACUGAAGAGAAAGUGCAAAACAGUUGUAAGCCUCAAGAUUUCCCCAGCAUUUCAGUACAGCCAUACUAGUCUACUGUUACUUUGUUAGCUGUCUGGUUUUUUUCCCCCUGAAAAAAAGAGUGAGGUUUAACUUCAGCAUUGUGGAAUAAAAGCAGCACCCUGUUACGCAGGAAAAGCGGCAUCACUGGAACAACUGAACUUGUUGGUACGAGUUACAUAACUGUUUUAGAUCAUCUGAGCUCUUGUGUAAUGUUAAGAUUGCUAUAAUGUGGUCCUCUUCUUAACAACUUAAAAAAUCCUGCACAUUUGGAUUAAAUAUGUACAUAUAUCGACACUGGCAAAGAUUAAAAAAAAAAAAAAUCUUUUGUUGGUAACAUUCCAUUUCUUAAUUUAAAUUGUAGCAAUGUCAUUGGAAAUAUUUUAAUGUAUUAUCUGCAUUUGCAAUGCCUGUAAUAUGCUUUAAAAAUUUGUACACAUCAAAUGUAUAUUUUUGGUUUGGCAUAAGCUACUACUGUAUAACUUCUGAUGUUUAUUCGUAUAAUAUAUUCUUACUGUAAUGAAGACAACUUUCUCACCAUGUAAAUAACACUUUUUUAACCUGCUGAAACUGUAACUUGCCCUUUCCUGAUCAGAUGAGAUUGACUUGUCCUGAUCAUGCUUCAAGGAAGUAAGCUAUAGUCCUGCUUGUAGAAUGAGCAGGCAUUUGGCAAAAAAGCAGCCUUAUCUCCAACUGAAAGUCCGUACUGUGAUGUGUGUGUUCUGUAGACAUGGUUACUAGCAUUCUGCUUUUCAGAGUUAAGUGAAUCACAGAGUGACUUAAGAAAUUGCUCUCGAUGUUUGUGGAAAUGUGAGAAAUGAAAAGAGGAUGUAAACAGCUCACAUGAAACAACACAACAGUACUAUAAAAUACGUGUCUCUGUAAAAAAAAAAAACUUAAAACUAAUUAAAAUUUUCAGUCAGUCUUAUGUUUAA